UGUCUGUUUUGACCCCGAGGGAGUUCCACAGCGGGUGUGUGUGUACCAAAUGGAGGCGGUCGUCUGUACCCAACCUGCAGCGUUGUGGAUGCAUGCUGCUGCUCUGUGCAGUGUAGCGGCUAACUGUGUGUAAAACUGAAUGAGUCUCGUUGCUGCGUGGGGAUUCCUCUGCAUGUGUCUCUCUUCCGAAUAGGUGUGAGCCCUGUUUGAGACCGCAGGACUCUUCCCUUUUCCAUAGAAGAGCACAAAAGAGAAGGCUCAUCUCCUGCAAACAUCAAAGCCAUGCCUCAGGAUGAACUGGAGUAUGCCCUUACAGGGAUCAGUUUCAUUCAAGGAUGUGACUGUGGACUUCACCCAGGAGGAGUGGCAGCAACUGGACCCUGCUCAGAAGGCCCUCUACAGAGAUGUCAUGUUGGAAAACUAUUGUCACCUCAUCUCUGUGGGAUUUCACAUAACUAAGCCUGAUAUGAUCCGCAAAUUGGAACAAGGAAAAGAACUAUGGACAACAGAGAAAAUUUUUCAAAGUCAGAGCUAUCUAGAAGAAGAUUGGAAAGCUGAAGAUGUUUUAGUGAAAUUCAAAGAAUACCAAGACAGGCAUUCUAGGUCAGUUAUAUCCAUCAACCACAAAAGACUAAUAAAAGAGAGAAGUAACAUUUGGGGGAAAACAUUUACUAUCGACAAGAACCAUAUUAUUUCAAAAACAACACUACGUGAAUAUAAACCUGAUGGAAAAGUUUUUAAAAAUAUUUCAGAAUUAGUCAUUAGAAAUAUAAGUCCUAUAAGAGAGAAGUUUGGUGAGAGUAAUGGAUGGGAGAAAUCACUCCUUAACACUAAACAUGAGAAAAUUCAUGCAGCAGUGAAUCUCUGUAAACAAACAGAAAGGAGUCUGAGUGGUAAACAAGAGCUUAUUCAACAUCAGAAGGUUCAAACUCCAGAGCAAUCAUUUGAACAUAAUGAAUGUGAAAAACCCUUCCUUAUGAAAGGAAUAUUAUUUACACAUACCAGAGCUCACAGAGGAGAAAAAUCCUGUGAAUACAAUAAAGAUGGCACAGCCUUCAUUGAAAAGUCAAAUCUCAAUGUCCACCAACAAAAUAUGGAGAAGAAACCCCAUUCAUACAGCAAAUAUGGGAAAUUCCUCUGUAGGAAGUCCAUUUUUAUCAUGCAUCAGAGAUCUCAAACAGAAGAGAAACCCUUUCAUUGUCCUUACUGUGGGAAUAAUUUUAGAAGGAAGUCAUACCUCAUUGAACAUCAACGAAUUCACACAGGUGAGAAACCUUAUGUUUGCAGUCAAUGUGGAAAAGCCUUCCGUCAAAAGACAGCCCUCACUCUUCAUGAGAAAACACACUUAGAGGGGAAACCCUACAUUUGUAUGGAUUGUGGGAAGUCCUUCCGCCAAAAGGCAACCCUUACUAGACAUCACAAAACACAUACCGGAGAGAAGGCCUAUGAAUGUACUCAGUGUGGAAGUGCUUUUAGAAAGAAGUCAUACCUCAUUGAUCAUCAGAGAACACACACAGGGGAGAAACCAUAUCAAUGUAAUGAAUGUGGGAAGGCAUUUAUCCAGAAGACAACCCUCACUGUACAUCAGAGGACUCACACAGGAGAGAAACCCUAUAUUUGCAAUGAAUGUGGGAAGUCCUUCUGCCAAAAGACAACUCUCACUCUCCAUCAAAGAAUUCACACAGGGGAGAAACCCUAUAUUUGUAAUGAAUGUGGGAAGUCCUUCCGCCAGAAGGCAAUCCUCACUGUUCAUCAGAGAAUACAUACAGGAGAGAAAUCCAAUGGAUGUCCUCAGUGUGGGAAAGCUUUUAGUAGGAAAUCUAACCUCAUUCGCCAUCAGAAAACUCACACAGGAGAGAAACCAUAUGAAUGUAAAGAAUGUGGGAAGUUCUUCAGUUGUAAGUCAAACCUCAUUGUCCAUCAGAAAACUCACAAGAGCGAAACUGUGCGAAUUCACUAAAACAUGUGACUUUUCUGGUGAAAAAUUUUUAAGACAUAAUAAACCCUGUACAUGAGGUUGCUUGCAAGUGUAAUAAUAUUAAACAGUUUAAGGUACUGUAGCAUAUUUACCUACUAUUUGCUAGUCCACAAAACACAUAAAAAGAAUUGUGAGAUAAAUUAAGUGAUAAAAGUCACUGAAAAUACAAGCUUAAAUUUUUUAUUACCUUCACCAGACAUAAAUUCUUCUGUCAAGUUGCUAAAAACAUUUUAAAUUGCUUAUUUAAAAUUUUAACAUAUAACAUUUUGUGACCCAGUAUUAAGCAGUAGGCUACCUGACCGUGGCCCGUGGACCACACUGUGAACAGAACUGCUUUAAAAGAAGGAGGUGUGACUGUAUUUCUCACUGCAAAUAUGGAAUAAAAGUUAUCCCUUCAGAGUUAACCACAGUUCUAACUCCUAACAUUAUAAAUUAGUCUUUGCAUAUUAUAAACCUUUAUAUAAAGUAUACAUUAUGUAUUCUUUCAUAUAUAACUUGUUUCAUCCAUCACUAUGUCUUUAAAACUCAUCAUUAGUGCAUGUUGGAGAAAUUUAUUUAUUUUCAUCCUGUAUAAAAUUUCAUUAUAUAAUUACAUUUCAGUUUAUCCAAUCUAAUGUUGAUGGACUUUUUUUUAUUGUUUACAGCUUAGGGUCAUAAUAAAUAGUGCUUCUUCAAA